AUGAGCACACCGCAAUCACAGUAUCCGCAGAAGCAGCAGCACCCGCUGAAUGAUCUAUCGGGAGGCGAAUUCGCGCCGCCUUCCGGCCCACCGCCCUCACAUCGGGCCCCGGAAACUGAUUAUGCUCCACCAUCGGGACCUCCACCGUCUCAGCGACAACAGGCGGAGUAUGCGCCUCCGGCAGGGCCGCCGCCGACUCAUCAGCAGGAUGAAUUUGCACCACCGCCCGGUCCUCCACCAGCUCGACAGCAGGAGGACUAUGCUCCCCCUUCUGGACCGCCGCCAUCACACCGGCAGGAUGACUUUGCGCCGCCGCCAGGACCACCACCAUCUCAUGGAGGCGCUGACUACGCUGCUCCUCCCCCGGGACCUCCACCAUCUCAAAAGGAUAAACCCCAGCAUGACUGGGAAUCCGUCGUGCCAGACACGUCGCUGUUCCCGCCGCCCCCGGAUAUCUUCUCCGGCUUUGACAGAUCUCCCGCCUCAAACGCGACGGAGGCGCAAGCCAACGCCGGCGAGGCAUGGGUGAAGCGGUACCCGCUCAGCGCGCCGAUCCGGCUGGACGCGGCGGCGCUGGGCGCACUGGCGUUCCACAACCCGCGGCUGAUGGCGCCGCCGCCGAACACGACGUACCGGGGCACGCUGGCGUGGGUGUCGCCGGGCGUGUGGGCGGGCAAGACGGACAAGCGCAGCGGCGACAACUGCAUCGUCGGCUACCCGCCGCUGUACGCCGUGACGGAGCACAGCCCGCUGGCGACGGGCCGGCCCAAGACGGUCUACUACGAGGUGCGUGUGCGCCCGGACUGCGCGGCGCGCGAGACGUCGCUCGCCAUUGGGUACGCGGCGCUGCCGUACCCGACCUUCCGCAUGCCGGGGUGGCACCGCGGGUCGCUGGCAGUGCACGGCGACGAUGGGCACAAGUACAUCAAUGACCGGUGGGGCGGCAAGAGCUUCACGGCGCCGUUUGUGAAAGGCGAGACGUAUGGUCUGGGGAUGACCUUCACGCCCGCCGGCGGCAAGAUCGAGGUGGAUAUCUUCUUUACGAGGAACGGUAGGGAGGCGGGCCGGUGGAACUUGCAUGAGGAGACGGACGCGGAGCAGGACUUGCCAGUUACGGGGCUCGAGGGGUUCCAUGACUUGAGUUGCGCCGUAGGCACGUUUGAGGAUGUUAGUUUUGAGAUUAUUUUUGAGCCGAGUCAGUGGAUGUAUCAGGGGUUGCCCGAGUGA